AUGUCGGGUCUAGUUAAAGCUAAGAAGUACGAUUGGAAGGACAGCAACUUGGCUUUGUUUGGCUCCGAUACAGAGAAAAAUGUGAGGAGCUAAAAAAUUUUGUAGAACCGCAGCAGUCAUUAUGAAUCAUUAAUAUAGAUUCACUGCAACUCUGCUUAUGUUUAGCGGAACCACUUAAUAUGUAUAUGUGGUGUGUAUCUGUUGUUUUUCUCUGUUGAAACCCAUGCUUUCCUUGUGUCCUAAAGGUGAAGAAAGAAGCAGCUGCUGGGGAGAAGGCUUGGGAAGGCGCUGGAGAGAAACCUGGCGUGGAAAUUUGGCGUAUCGUCAAGUUCAAGGUAGUUAGAUGCUUGGCAGUAGAGAUUUAUGUUAUGCAUAUCUAAAGAAACAGUUAAGCAGCUGAAACGUUGGUAGAUCAAUUUUUGAGAAUUCGGAAGUCUCAAAAAUUUCUUUUGGUCGCUUUGGUGUGUAAAGGGACAAACAAUUAAGAAAUCUAACGAAAAAUGUUUGGUAAGUCAUGCCCCUCACGUAUACGAAGUAAAAUUUUGUUCUGGAACGCUGCGGACUGUUCGGUAUGUACGUGGGCGGCAUUGGCUGGCUGGGGUGGGGUCAUGCAAUCGGUAAACAGCCAUAAAGCACAAUAUAACAAGACUCUUCUAGAGUUGAUUAUGCUCAUAUUGUUUACUGAAUGGAAUCUUAUUCAUAUUCCUGAUUAUUAAUUCCUAAAAAGUUAUUAAUUGUAGCUUCAGGUCGUGAAGAUAAUGGUUUGUUUUCCUUCAUUUCAAUAUAUAUGUCCAAAACAAAUAUAAUUCCAGGUCAAAGAAAAACAAAGAGAUACUAGACUUGAAAACUCUGCAAAGUGAAUGUUCUAGAUUGAGGAGGUGUUUCAAAAGGGUGCUGGGAAAUAAUGAAUUGAUCCCCUACCCUAUAUUAUAAUGCAGUGUAAUUCUGAACUUUUAACAAGGUACAGUGCAGUGCUUUCAAUAACAUUUGAAGUAGAUUGCUACUUCGGUAAAGCACCUGCCAGAGAACAAUAUGAAAAAAGAAAUUCACUCUCAAUAGUUCUGUUCAGAAUAAAAUUGCUUCAAAAAGAGUUUUUGGUGACGAACUUUGGUAAAUGAGCAUCAGAUGUUAGUCUCCUUUGUAACAUUUGUUUAACUUAUUAUUUAUUUUAAUCAAAAUCUUCCAUUUGCUGACACGCAAACCAUCCUGUGGAUGGACAUAUGGUUACUGGUUACCCAAAUGUGAGUCAGUAUGUUGUUGUGUACUCAAAAUCUUAUUUUGCUGGAAAUGUGGUGUAUGGCAUGAUGAGACAAUAUCAAUAGUUUUUAUCAGAACUUAAUGGUUUAUAAUGGUAAAAGUUUCCUGAAAGAAAUCUAAAAGAUCUUGAUGUGUUUUAGGUCUCACUGCGUGAGUUUGUUUGGAAGCUUUCAAAAAGUCACAGAAAGAUCCAGAAUGGUGGUAACCAUCCAACAUCACAUAAUAUGAAACACUUUCAACAGGCAGUCUGCAAAAAUAAUACUAGACAAUAUCCAGUGUACAUCAAAUUUCAAUAUGAACAUGUUCUCAAAGUCUGAUGCUGCAAUUCAAACCUUCCUUUGCCUGGCCAAGUCAGAUUCUUUAGUUUUCCAUUUGUACAUCCUUUUUGGACUCAUGAUUGGAAACGUAUUUACAUUUUAACACCAUGGUCUUUUUUUACAGAGUUUCUUCAGCUUUGCAAUUUGAACAAACCUCUCAAUCUCCUGCUUUGAAAUGCUGAAUGCAUUUUUUGUCAUUGCAAGUUUUUUUUUUUUCAUUAUUAUUUUCUACUGGGUGAAAUUAAAGAUAUGUAGCAGUGAAUUCUAUCAGUUUUAUAUAUUGGAAAAACCCAGGAUUAUUCUUGUCUGCAGAAGUGAUGCAUUACUGAUGGAUUCAGCUGCACUAAAUGUUUGCAUAACAUAAUUGAAUUAAAGCAAUCAUCCAAAGACUUUUAGUUGUUCUCAAGGCUUGUGUUUCAUAUCAGAUAGUAAACAAAAGACAAUUUCUUCCAGAGUUAAACCACCAAGUCAAAAGUAGUUUCAGUUCAUGAGUGAUAAAGGCCAAAGGGAGGCAUUAGGAGCUUGACAUUUUGGCUUCAGUCCAUUUUGUACAAACCAGUUCCAGUUGCUACUUGUUUGUGGUUAAUUAUUAACAAACCCCAACCAACCUCUAUUCAGGGGAUACUUGCUGCAGUCCCAAGGGGGGCCCCUGAAUGGAGGUCCACUGCACUUGAAAAUUCCUUACUUAAUCCCCAUGUGAAUUGGAAUUUUCAAAAUAUAGAAAUUGCUCACUGUAGAUCUUUUUCAUUAACCCUUCCCACCUUAACGUCAGUAUCCAUAUUCUCCACACUGGUCUCUGUACAUAUCCUAAGGUGCUGACAAGGAGAAUUUGUUUAACAAUUUAGACUUUCUUUAGUUGUUGAUCAUCUCCUUUAUUCUCAAGACCUUAAUGUUUCAUUCAGGGUUGAUGUUGUAAAGAGAAAUUAGAGGUUAGUCACUCUUAAGGGAUGAAAGAGUCAAUGGCAAACCUAAUUGCUAUUCUUUAAUGUACAUGUAAAUAAACCUCUCUGGCCUUCACAGCAUGUUUAAUUUAAACAAUACCUGCCAUUACAGAGAGGAUCUAUGAGAUCAAUCAUUCAUUCUUAGUUAUAGUUUGUGUUUCUUUGUGAUAAAAAUAUUUUAUAACAGUUACAUAGUUGUCCUACCCUAAAUAAUGAUGAGAGAUCAGGAAACUUUUCACACUCAGUAAGCUCAUCCAAGCAGAGAACUUUGAAUCCUGGCUGCCAUAUAAAUGUUUUAUUUAAAAAAGGGUUCAACCUUGUAGAUUUGACCCUAAAAAAUAAAAGUUUGAAAAAAAAAUGAAUUGUGUUUUAUAGGUGACUGACUGGCCAAAAGAGGAUCAUGGCAAAUUUUUUGAUGGAGAUAGCUACAUUAUUCUCAACACCUACAAGGACAAAGAAAGUGAUGAGGUAUGAAAACUGAUGUGAAGCUGUUAUUCACUUCCAUAGGAAAUAUCAGAUUACCUGGAUACCCAAUAAGUGUUAUUUGCUAUUUAUAUUUUGAAGCUUUUGUAUGAUGUACACUUUUGGAUUGGCAAGCACUCCACCCAAGAUGAAUAUGGAACAGCUGCAUAUAAGACAGUUGAACUUGACACUUUAGUAAGUUUGGGUUAAUUUUUUUGUUUAAUUACUGUCUGUGAAUCAAUUAAAAAGACCAAAUAUGUAAACCCAACUUAUAUCUUGUAAUUACCUGUUUCUUGUCCUUCCCUGUACUUGUGUUUAUGUUGCCUGGGACUUAAAAAGGAAAAGAUACUGAUUUUUGGGCAAUGCUAGAUAGCAAGGAAUGUAUAUAAUGGUUGGUGAACUGAGGAGGAAGUGCAGUUUUGUCUGGAAUCAUAUGACUGUUUGAUUUCAAAAUCAAAUGAGCAUGCAGCUGAAGUUUCAUAGGAAAUCACAAGUAUGAUUUCAGACCAAGAUUGCAUGACACAAAGUUCAAAACCACUUAAUUGAAUCCAUUUUGAAAUUGGAAAAUUCAGUAGUUCAAAUACAGGAUUUCUUAGUCUGUGCAAAUAUUUGUACUAAGCUGCUUUGAAAAAAGUUAUAAAAGUUGUCUUUUCAUUUUCCUGCAAUUUGAUUGGUUACUUUAUUAAUUAAACAAGCCUCGAAAUCUGAUUGGUUGUGUUUUAUCGAAGCUUUCUCAUGGCUAAAAAAAGGUACAAUUUAGGGAAUUGUACUUCUUUUAUUUUCAUCACAGCUCUUCAUAGUUAUUUUUCUUCUUCUGUCUGUAGCUCAAUGACAAGCCAAUUCAGCAUCGUGAAGUCCAGAAUCAUGAGUCAGAGUUGUUUAAAAGCUACUUUAAAGAGUUACAAACCUUAGAUGGGGGGUAUGUAGAGCUGAUUACCAAGUAUCUUUUAAUUAGCUACUAUGGUAAAACUCAAACUUCAAGGUGGCUAACUGUGUUUAUUUGCACAUCCUUGUAGUAGAACAUCACUUAUUAGUUGGUGGGUGUGCAAUAUUUUGGGGGUGGGCCCAUACAUGAUGUUUAACCAGGUGAUCGCAUGUAAAAUCACUGGUUUUUGUCAAUUUGCAAUUUAAAUGUAGCUGAAAAUUUCGCUGAAUGUUUUGAAACUUGCACCAUGUGUAUGUGUGUAUCAACCAAGGAUAGAGACAUUUGACAUUUGAACUAAUUAAGACUAUUAUACAUAUUUUGUGACAAAGUUCUGAUAUAAGGCAUGCUGUCAUUGGCUGAAAUGGCGUGCACCAUAAGAGUAUAGAACAUAGAGCAAGAGAGCUAAAGCUGUCACGCCGGCUGUCAAAUUGUAUUAUGUCCAAUCAUUUUCUGGACUUCUCCCUUGUUUAUUUCUUAAAUUGAAAGUGAAAUUUCAGAACAAGCAAGAUGGCAAAUAGCAACUGAAGAACUAAACAAAGGUUUGUCAACCUGUCAAGCACUGUAAUUGAGGUUAUUAUAGUGUGAGCAGAGACGGAAAUCCUCAAGGAGAAAAUUAAAUAGACAGUCUGAGUUUUGAAGGUUUUCACUCGCAGUUACCGUAUUUACCCGUGUAUAAUGGGUGUCCAUGUGUAAUAUGCACCCUCAUUUUUGACCUCUUUUUUCUAAAAAAAAGGAUUUCAAGACAAAAACCAAGAAUUAAAACUUCCAUUUUACCAUUUAAUUAACAAGAGCUGGGAAUUCAUAAAUAAUAUAGCAACAACAAUUUCUAACUAGUUGCUACUACAAACACCGUACACACCAAGUACCUACUUACAAGCUUUGCCAUUCAAUAACAGUCAGAUGUUUGACAAAUGUUGUAACUUGAAGUCCUCAUUAAUAUACCUAAAUUCACAACUUCUCACAGCACAGCUGGUAGUUUGAAUAUCAUCACUGUAUUGCAAUUGCUUUUGAUUUAAGUAAAAUGUUCAGUGUCUUUAAACAACAAAACCCUCAAAUUCCAACUUGCAGUCCAAUUCAAAUAGGUUUUCGAUGUGUUCUUGGUUGAAUUGUAAACCAAUUCAUCUUGUGAUCCAUCCAAAUUAUUUGUGAUCCCACACUUCAGUAAAGAGGCAGUGAUCAUUUCUGACGGAAUGGCUUUCCACACUUGCAAAAUCCACAAACAGAUCAGUUCCUCCAUAGCCUUCUUUUGUCGUCCAGAGUCGGUAAAUUUGUGAAUUCCAUCAGCCAUCCACUGCUUUCGGACUCCAUCUUUAAACGGUUUGUUCAAAGACAAAUUGAGCAGCUGUGAAGGAAAGUUAACCUGCCAGGAAUCACAGCAAGAUCAGUGUUCUCGCAUUUGAAGGACACUUUCACAGUAUCUGUCACAUGAGCUUCAAAUGAGUCGUAAACAAGCAAGCUCUUUCUCCUCUCCAGACCACCGAUCUGCACAAUUUUUCUUUCUUUGUUGUGUUUUUAACGUAUGUUUGUCAUGCUUGACAAACAAUAGAAUCUGUGUAAAAUACACACCACGAUUUUGAUGGUUACUUUUACAGAAAAAAAGUGCGCAUUAUACACGGGUAAAUACAGUAGAUUGCAAGCUUAUGUACCGUAUUAAAGAUCAAAAACAGCUAACACUCAAGACAUGUAGUAUAUAUAUAGUUUUGUGCUCAAAACCAAAACAGAACAACACAGGAAUGAUGAAAAGCAUAGCCAAACUGGCAUAACUGUUAAAUUCAUAGUUGACAUGACAGUGUCAGUGACUGUGAUCAUGCCCAGUAAAGCAAGCCUCAGAAAUUACAUUGGCUACCCUAUGAGCGAACAACUAAGAGCUUGCUCUGAUAUCUAUUUGGAUGUGUUGAAUUGAAGGCCAAGUCAGUCACAGCAGCUGAGUUUUACAGAGCUGUCAUCCCAAGCAAUCUUUAUAUUUCUGUGAAUUAGGUUGUCGUUCAUUCAUAAAAAACAUGCCUUGAGCAGUUUGUUUUGUACUCAUCAUGUGGAAAAACUCGUGUCUUUUUAUGAGCUUCAAUUCAGCUGGAUUUCACUGAACAUUUCACUUUCAGAUUUCUUCAGGUAAAAGUGUCAAAUUUGACCUGCCAAACUAUUUCAAUUUGUAAACAACUGCAUGUUGUGAACUUUGAUGGUUUGUAAACUUCAAUGGUUUGAUAUUUUUGACAGCUUUAGUCUUGUUCAACCAAUCAGAUUAUUUGAACCAUUCUAACAAGGAAUCUCAUUGGCUCAUUGUAGUGUGCUUUAUGAGAGUAUAGAGCAUGCUGACAACACUGUUGUUCACUUUGGAAAGAAAGUUUGUUUUGAAAAUUGAAAGCAAUGCGUAAGGAAUUUAACAGAUUCUUUAUUAUAAAACUAAUACAGAAGCCUUGAAUGUGCUCUAUUCUGUAGUAAACCACUGAGGAAGCUACUAGAGUACCCAAGAAGUGGGGACAAACACUUGACUUUGUCUCAUGUUUCUCCCUACACUUCUUUCAUGCUCUAGCCACUUCCUGAACAGAGCACAGUCAAGGCUUCUCUAUGAGUUAACUUAGAGUACUAAACAGAGAUCAAGUUUCUACAUAAAAUAUAGCAAGUUAUUAAGUAAACAUGAUUAAUUACAGUUAAUAAAAGUAAUAUUGUUAGCUUCAAUCAAUACAGAUUGAUACAUGAUUUUCAUCAGUUUUUCAGUCUGUCUCUGAACAGAUACUAAUAAAUAAAUGUUUAUGAUAACAAUUAUGAUGCAUGGUGAUAUUUUUGUGCAGGGCUGAUUCUGGCUUUAGACGUGUUGGACCAAAAGAGUACAAGCCUCGCUUGUUGAAGGUUAAUGAUGAGGUAAAUAAACUUCUGCAGAUUGCACUAUGUAUUAUGACAUCAUCAUACUUUGUACUUGGAGUUGCAUGCUCAAUAACUGUCUAAACCAUAUUUGCAAACAUUUCUAUAGUUGUAGUUUUUCUCUGAUUUACCAAUAUGAUUGCCCUUAUAAUUAUUUUCCAGAAAUCCUUGGUAAUCACUUCACACACAAUAAUAGGUUGAGGAUUAUAAUGAAAUGAGGCACAUAGUUCCCCAGAAUCCUCACCCCACCUAACUGGAAUAUAUGUUGGGUAUUAAUACAUCUAUGUACACCUGUUCACAAAAAUGUUGCAAUUUGAAAAUAUUUAUUUGUAUGAAAUAUGCAUACCUAUUCUUUUCCAAUUGAAAAGGUGAUGCAGGAUGCAUGUAUAUUUCACAUUGAAGGAACAAUACGUUUUUUGUCCAUUCAAGGGUGAAACCAAGUAGCAGUUGUGCUUUCCUUUCAAAAAAGUGUCCCUGCAAUUCAUUUUGUCAACACUGUUUUAAGGGGAAAAGAAAAGGUGUAUAUAUUUCAUAUAUAAUUUAAAAUUGAAACAUUUUUGAAAAUGGGUGUACACAUAUUAAUAAUAAUUAUAUCUUUACAUAAUUAUGUAGUGCUAGAAUACACAGAGAUGUACAUGUUUUGAUUGACUUUUGAAUUAUUUGCUUUCAGGGCAGGAACAAGGUCAGAAUAACUGAGGUGACAUAUUGUAAGGAAAGCAUUACUCCAGACAAUGUCUACAUCAUUGACAAUGGUUUGGAAAUUGUUCAGGUAAAUUUAGUUAAUAGAUUCAGUUGUUACGGCAAACUAAUGUGGAUUUGUAUGGAGCAUUUAAUUAUUUCAACAUUAUAGUAUUUACUUUAAAGCACCUUACCUUUAAAACCUUCUUUUAGACAUGCAAAUUUUUGAAACUAUGGAGGUGAAGGAAUUGAUCCACUGAGCACUGCAAUAUCUAGAGACAACAUGUUAUGAUGUUACUAUUUACAGUGGCCAAUUAACAUAACAAUUGCAGGUGGUUAACCAAAUUUUCUUGUAAUAGGUUUUAGUUUCUCAGAAGUUACAAGAAAAAAUUCAAUUGCGUCAAAUUCAAUUCCUUAAUUCCUAUGAAUUAAAAAGGAGUACUGCUUUUAGAACACUAAACAACUUCCAUAGAAAAGCAAACAAACAGAAAUUUGCAUACAUGCUUAAUGACAAGUGCUCGGUAACAUGAUAGCCAAUACAGGUCCUUUGGUCAGUAGCAUUCUAUGGAUGCACACUUUGUUGACAUCCACAGCUCACCAGAAUUUCAUGGGCAAUUUCACGGUUGUUGUUGACUGCCUCAGCUUUGGCAAUGAUUUUCAACUUGACAUUGAGGUUAUACGAGUGACAGCUAGUGCUUAGCAUAUUUGCAAUCAAACAAGAAGUUGAAGCUAAACUCUGACUGUUUACAAUGAGAACAUAUCGGUUAGUUUUGCAACUGCAGAGUUUUAAAUCAGUCAGUUGAAUAUUUAUUAUUUAAUUUUGUAAAUAGAAGCAUGUUUCCUAAGCAGGAAGGCUGAAAUAAACGAGUAUGCAUUUUAUGUUUCUCAUUACAGGUGUGAAAUUUUAGCCUUGAUUUUUACGUAGAUCAUUAAAUGUGCGACUUUUUCACUUUUAUUUAUGUUAACAAAAGAGUUUUCAUGCCAGUUGUGUAGGGAUAAUUGUUCUCAGUUCCAUCACAUCCUUUUGUUAACUCUCAACCUUUUGGUGUGUCUUAUAACUGAAUAUUUUCACGCAAUUUUCAGUUUGGGAACUUGGCUUGACUAAGUUGCUAAGUUUGGGGUGUUUCUUGUAACUGAGAAGUACAGAAAAACAAUUUGUUUAUGUCCCUAAAACUUAACUUUUGAAGUGGCAAACCUUUAAGUAAAGCAGAUUUCUUCAUUUGCAGUUAAGGUCACUUUUAAUUAAUUGUUUCAUUUGAGUUGUUUCUAUCUUUUGCAUAAAGCUUACUUGAUUGAUUCAGUUCACAGAUGAUGCUACAGGAUAUCUUUCAAAUUUAGAAUCCCAAUUAACUGAACAAUACAUUCCCUAUUUGAUAAUUAAAUAUGUACUACAGGCUGAUAUUUUGCUUGUUGCUUAUAAUUUUUCUCAUCCCUAUACUAUAGGGCUGGGAAAAAUGUGACACUACAUAACUUGCAAAAUAUAUACACUUUAUUCGAUGAUUCAACAUGCAAUACAUGCAGAUAUUUUGCAGGUUGCACAGUAUUUUUGCACGCCCUGAAGGGGCAAGGAAAAAUACAAGCAAUGAGGAAAAUGUUUGCAUGCAUUAUGUUAAACAAUCAAAUAAAGGACAUAUUAUUACUCUAUUAUUUCACUUUUUAGUAUUUUGAUUUUAGUUCCAAAAUGCAUCCUGUGACUACAUCUGUGCAUUUUAUCAAUCACAUAGGGAGUAUGCAAAAGACUAAACCAACAGGAAGAAAACCAUUUAAGUGUUCUUCCAAAGUAAGCCUAAAAAACAAAACAAAAAAAUUAAAGUUUGGUUUGUUCAGUGCAGCUAUUUAUGUAGACAAAGCUGUCAACUUUAUAUACUUCUUACAUUCAGAGCAAAUUUAACUGCUACUCUAUUAUGUGUAUGUAAAUUAGCUUUUCAGCCUGGCCUACUUUCAUUUCAGACAUUAGGAUUUUUAGUGCAUAACCAAAGCUUAAUAUGUAGAAAAUACAGAAAAAGGUCCGUAACACUAACGGUAUUACAUCUUUGUUUGCAGAUAAAUGGUGCAAGCUGUGACAAGGAUGAGAAAUUUGCAGCUGUUCAGCAUAUUCAGAAAUUGAAGGUGAAAACUUGCAAAAUUAUUUAAGGACUGAUUACUGAUUAAAAGCUACUGACAUUUACAACUUGAAUUACUGCAUAGAUAAACCAGUGCUAAAAAAUGAGAGCAAUUAUGACAUUCCCACUGUCAACAUGCAUCACUCUUGUUCAAAGGUAUGAGGACCAAUUAAUCUGGAAAAUAAAAUACAAUCAGAACCUAAUUUUGGAGAAAUUUAACCCCAUUGUCAUCUCAUUGUCAAGUGAAAAGGCAAUAAUCAUAACGACAAGUGCAACAGCAGAGCUCUGAUGGGCGAGGUUCCACUGCUUCAGUGGGCCAACAAAUAUCCAUAAUUCCCUAAAGCAUUGUUCCAGAGUAUGUAAUCCUUCAAUCUUGACAGUUUCAAUGGUUUGAACACAAUUUGCCAGUCAAAGAAAGGAGGAGUGUGGAAAGAGAUUUCAAUGACAGGGCUACAAAAUGAAAAUCACUUAUUGAGGAGAAAACAUUUAUUGUAAAUUAGUUUAAAAAAAUUAAAUCAAAGUAACUUUUAUGAUAAGAAGGCUCUAGAGCACAAAUUAGCUUUCUAAUUAAAUGUUAUUGUUAUGGCAGAGUGAACGAGGAGGAAAUGUAAAAACGGAAACUAAGGGUAAGGUUUAUAUAUUUUAUAGAAAAAUUUCAACUUCAGGGAACAGUUGAUUCAACUUUUAAGUUCAAAUCUGUAGAAAAAAGGUCAGAAAUGUCCCCAAAAGUUCAUAACACUCUGGAAACUGUGGCAAGCCACCUGAUUUCAAGUUGCACCAAUGCAAGUGCCAUAGAAAGGAAACAAACUAAACAGCAAAGUUAAGCAUUUAUCACUAUCAAUGUAAAAAUUGUUACUAUUUGACUUCACAACUUUACAGGAAGUCAUAUUUGUAUGUUGAUCAAAAGCUAACCAGCUGUCUUGAUCCCAGAAAAGCAAAACACUUUGAAGCAACAUUGAUGGAUUUUGUGUAGGAAUCCAGCUGUAUACAAGUUUCUUUUGACACAUGUUAGUGAAAAUGCUAAAAAAAAAAUCAAGUUUGUCAAAAAGAGACAACCAAGUAAAACAGAGUACACCAGUUUGCAUUUAAUUAAUUAUACAUAACGAUUAUGUUACUAUGACAAUGGACUAUGAAUGCUUCUGAAUUAUGCUUACUUAUUUUUUUAAUUGUAGAAGGAGGCUAUGGAGGGCUUCCCUCUGGUGUUCCAGACACUGAGGUUAGUUUAGUCUUCUAGGCACAUUACAAAACCAGUUAUCAAACAAAGCAGAGGUACAUGUACUGAAACAAUGUUGUCACUUUUCCGGUUAGUCAAGGUUCAACUCUAUUUAUUUUUUCAAUGUAUUUUAUCCCCUUCCUUGUCAUCUCUAAUCCUGAGGUGACACUUGAUUUGUCGUAACUAGUUUACUUGUUUCCUAUUAUUUUGGGUAUUUAAAGUCGAGUAUCAUUCUUUCUAUCUCCAUUGUUGAAAUUAAGCCACAGUAUUUAGGACCAUGUAGAAUUGCCUAGUGAAAGACACAGUGGCUCGGUAUAGCUGAUAGGUGUCUCAGAAAACUGUUUCUAGCCACCUUAAGUGAAAUUAUGCUUUUUGUCAGAAAGAUUAACAGUACCUUUUAGUUUUAAACUGUCAUGAUCUGCAUUUUACCUUUUUCUUUUUUGUUUUAUUAUCCCCAAUCAAAAUGCUCGUUUUUAAAGGAACCAGGAGAUGAGGAUUUUGAACCCACCAUCAAGAAAAUAAGUGAUGCUAGUGGUCAUCUACAAAUUACUGAUACCUCUGGGUUCAGCAAGUCAGUGCUGGACAGCAAAGAUGGUGAGACUAAAAUCCACCCCCAAAAAAGCUGUGAAAUCAACUUAUUUACAGUUACAAUCUUGGUGCAGUGACAAGAGCUUACCUCUUACUGCAUUGGCCAGGGUUUGAUUUUAGACAGGUAUUACCUGUGCUUGGAGUUUGGAUGUAGAACUUUUAGCAUGAAGAAGUUUUCUGUAAUUCCACCCUACCUCAAAACAACCAACACUCCAAAUUCCACUUCUACCCAGAAACAGCUGCUGUAUUUUGCUAGUGUCUUAUAAUUAUUUAGUUUCAAGUUUUUUCGUUAUCUCUAUUCAUUUUGAAUUUGACGUGACCGUCUUAGAGUACUAGUCACAAUAAUAGUGGUGUAAAAGUUUCAAUGAAAAGUUGUUGGUUUCCUCUGAAAGUAAAACCGGUGACAGCAUGUUACAUUUGUAUGUUUUUCAUUCGCCUGCAGUGUUUGUUGUUGACAAUGGCAAAGAGUGCUUUGUUUGGGUGGGAAAUGGAGCCAGUGUUGAUGAGCGGCGUAAAGGAAUGGAAUAUGCACAUGUAAGUAGGUUUUCUUAUCCAGUGAAAACUUGCAUUUUUUACUUCAUAUGCACAUUUCUCUUUGCAGGAGUGGGGUGUGUGUGUGUGUGUGUGUAUGUAGAGAGGAGGUGCAAAUAAAAGAUCAUUUGCUUAUUUAUCCAUGCAUUUGCUGAUCUGUCCGUUCGUCCAUUUUUUUAUUUCAUCAUCCUUGAAUCCAUUUAAUGUUUGAACGCCAAAGUGUGGCAAUAUUAUCAAGAUGUGGCCAUUUGGUAGGGGUUUUGUUUGUUUCCUUCAGCUGCUUCAAAUUGUAUGUUGAAAAAUUGGACCCAAGCAUAGGUAACAAUUAUUCCGCAAAUCAGCUGAUACAUGGUGAUAAUUUCGACUUUAGAGAAAGCGGUGUGGUGAAAAAUAUUUGGAACACCAGCCCAAAAUUUUCCAAGUUCAUUGCCGGUUGUUUUUAGACAGUCAAUGUUGGUCGGUAAUUUUUGUUUGCUCACUUUCUUCGGAUAGAUGAGGUGAAAUGUAACAAAAUCAGUUUACUAACUUGUAUUUUCCUCAGAACUACUUGAUGAAGACCAACCACCCCCUCGUUCCAGUAUCUGUUGUGAAGGAGGGCCAAAAAUGUCCAAAAUUUGAUGCUUUGUUCUGAAGUGACAAGGUUAGCCGGAAUAUACUCAAAUGUUGAUAAACUGCCUUUACCGUUAUUCAUUGAUUGUUUGUUUGGUUUUUUAGAGUUGCGUAGCUCUGUAACACAUUUAAGUGGGUCAAAGGCCCCUUGAAUAUCCCGUAUCCUAUUGAUUUUUGGCCGAGAUAUCCCUCAUCCCGUUAAUUCCUGUAGUUUGUCUUCCUAUGAUUACAGUUCGGUAUCCUGGAACCUUUAUCUUUAAUAUUCCGUUCCAGUUAAUUUUUUUCCCUCGAAUAUCCCGUAUCGGUUUUUCCUCUUGGUUACAUAUCUCAGUUGGUUGGUUAUAUCAGGAGUCGUAAGAGGCAAAUUAAAAAAAAAAUUCAUGGGUUCGAAGUGACCUGUUAAAUUUCUCUUUUUAAUAGUAUGGUUUUUCAAUGCAGUAACAUUAUAGUGUUUUCCUUUGAGUAUCGUAAAACCAAAACUAUCAGUUAUCAAACAAACGUCCACCAGCGUAAAGAAAAAAUUCAUUGACAGUAAAUACAAGAAAUCAGGUAUUUCAGCGCAGUUUUGUGUCUGGUGUUUUUAAAAGGGUGGCGUAACUUUUAAGAAGUAAUCACAGAGUUUAUUGGGGAAAAAAAGGUAUUUAUCUAUUUCAUCUAUUUUGUCUUCAGCAUACUUUCAAGGACUGAAUGGCAGCCGGACGAUCGUAGAUUAUGUUCCUGGACUGCCUCCAUUCCAAUUAGAUUGUA